GGCAUGCUGAGUAAUCCUGCUGUAAAUGGGCGAGGACACGGACACACGGAAAAUUAACCACAGCUUUCUGCGAGACCACAACUAUGUGACUGAAGCUGAUAUUAUUUCUACAGUUGAGUUCAACCACACUGGAGAACUGCUGGCUACUGGUGACAAGGGGGGCCGAGUUGUUAUAUUCCAAAGGGAACCUGAGAGUAAAAAUGAGCCUUACAAUCAGGGGGAGUACAAUGUUUACAGCACUUUCCAGAGCCAUGAACCUGAAUUUGAUUAUUUGAAGAGUUUGGAGAUAGAAGAAAAAAUAAACAAGAUCAAGUGGUUACCACAGCAAAAUGCAGCUCACUCACUCCUAUCAACAAAUGAUAAAACAAUCAAAUUGUGGAAAAUUACUGAAAGAGAUAAGAGACCGGAGGGGUACAACUUAAAAGAUGAAGAAGGAAAGCUUAAAGAUCUUUCUACAGUAACAUCACUGCAGGUGCCUGUAUUGAAACCCAUGGAUUUGAUGGUGGAAGUCACUCCCAGGAGAAUCUUUGCUAAUGGUCACACCUAUCAUGUCAACUCAAUAUCCGUCAACAGUGACUGUGAGACGUACAUGUCAGCGGAUGAUCUCAGGAUUAACCUCUGGCAUUUAGCUAUCACAGAUAGGAGCUUCAAUAUUGUGGAUAUAAAGCCAGCCAAUAUGGAGGACCUGACAGAAGUGAUUACAGCCUCUGAGUUCCAUCCCCACCACUGCAAUCUCUUUGUCUACAGCAGCAGCAAAGGAUCCCUGAGACUCUGCGACAUGAGGGCAUCGGCCCUCUGUGACAAACAUUCCAAGCUUUAUGAAGAACCAGAAGACCCCAGUAACAGAUCAUUUUUUUCAGAAAUUAUCUCUUCAGUGUCAGAUGUCAAAUUCAGUCACAGUGGUAGAUACAUGCUUACAAGAGAUUACCUCACUGUCAAGGUUUGGGAUCUGAACAUGGAAACAAAGCCUGUAGAAACGUACCAGGUCCAUGAUUACCUUAGAAGCAAGUUAUGUUCCCUCUAUGAAAACGACUGCAUCUUUGACAAGUUUGAAUGUGCAUGGAAUGGAUCAGACAGUGUGAUAAUGACAGGUGCAUACAACAACUUCUUUCGAAUGUUUGACCGCAACACCAAGCGGGAUGUGACCUUGGAGGCUUCCCGGGAGAGCAGCAAACCACGAGCCAUCCUUAAGCCCCGGAGAGUCUGCGUUGGAGGCAAGAGGAGGAAAGAUGACAUCAGUGUUGACAGUUUGGACUUUACUAAGAAGAUCUUGCACACAGCAUGGCACCCAACCGAGAACAUCAUUGCUAUAGCAGCGACAAACAAUCUGUACAUAUUUCAGGAUAAAGUGAACUCAGAAAUGCACUAGAUUUAUCAAUAUCCCUCUAUAUUUACAAACCAGCCUCUUGAGAGUUGUAGAAGGAUGUGAUCUUCACAAAAAUUGUGGCUUCUGUGGUGGGAUUUGUAGGUUGCAUCCUUUCAUCCCUCAGCCUGUAUCAUUAUUGGUGGCAAGCCAAUUCUUUUCCAUCACUGCAACUGUAUGAGUAAAAGGCACGAGUGCAAAUCCA